AUGGCAUCCUCGUCAAAUUCACCAGUAACACCCCUCUCCAUUCCCGGUUCAUCUUCCAGAUCUCCCACAAACAGCACCGCCGAUUCUCCUCAUGGCAGUACCCCACAUUCAGCCAUCAUAUCAUAUCCUGCAGACUGGAGCAACAGUCGAGGCUCAUCGAUGUAUGAAAACUAUGGGAGACCAAGCUUGGAUAACGAGUCGUACAAAGGGAAUGUAGAACCUCCUAUCCCAAUGUCAGCAUCAUCCUCAUCAUCCUCCUCGCAACCCAUUUUCGACUGGCCAUCUCGUACGGGUCAGUCCACUGCAUACAGCAACCCGAUCCGGAGAGAUCCUCAUAACCAUGCAGACCUAUUCGAACCUCACAGUUCCAGCUCAGAGGACGAUGUCAUCCCUCGGCCGUAUGAAGUUCGUAGGGGAUCGGCUUUCCGUUCGACAACAGAUUCCCUCAUGCAUGAUGGUCAACCUAUCGAUCCUGAGUUCAGCAGUGCGGGACCACCAGUAGAAGGAUACAAUUUUGAUCCACCACCUCAGUUCAAUCGGACUUUCUCCUCGCCCUUGCCUCAACGUCUAGGUUAUCUCCGCCACCCCUUAUCACCCGUCUAUGAUCCGUUGGGAACAGGUCAUCCACCCCCUAUGUCAUCCAUUACUGAACCCCCACCAACUGCCAAACCCCCUCCUACAGCUCUCCAUUCCGUCUCACUCGAAUUUGCAGACUCACUCCAAUCCGCUAUCCAGAUCCUUCUUCAUCUAUCGCCACCGCAUCUUCUUGAUAACGCCAAAGAGCAAUACUCGGGAUGUACGGUCCAGGUACCUGCUACUUCCCUAUCAGCUCUUCUCACAUCAAUGCGAGGCCUCAACUUCUUAUCAGCAAAUGCGGAGGAACUGGUGGAGGGCUUAGAUCAUGGGCCGUUGAUGCGUAAAGGAGAGGAUUUCGAUAUCGGAGAACUACUCCAGAACGUAGCGGAUAUGUUGAGUGGGCAGGCAUCACAGAAGGCGGUAGAUUUUGUCUUAUUCCAUGGGGACGUAGGAAUCAAACAUGUCAGCGUACAUGGAGACGGGGAGGGUCUGGGAUAUGCUCUAAGUCAUGUUAUACGGCAAAUCCUCCUUGUUACCAACCGAGAAGAUACGAUCGAGCUAGGUCUACAAGUCAUACCUCAGAGCCCUUCUCUCACGCCUCGAAUCGGUCAAACAUUGACCGAAACGGAGAUCGACCGCUAUCGCGGUCAAAAGUCAGCCUCAAGCUCUAGAUCAAAUUCUCCCGGUCGAACCUCUCUACAACCUCCCGGACCCAACGAAGGACCUCUAUUAUGUGUAUUCGAGAUAGUGCAUAAUAUAUCGCAGACUGUAGAUUCAACUCAUGCCACCCCAAAGGCAGAACUCAAUCCUUUCACCAACCUCGCUGAAGAAGCAGAAUCGAUAAAACCGAAUUUUGAUACCCUUCUUUGCAACAGGUUGCUCCAGGAGCAAAAUGCGACGCUACGGGUCGAUGUCCAACCAUCAUCACCUUCGGGUAGUGGAAUGCCCAGACGUGCUUAUGAGUUGUCGAUACUCCUAUCCCGUGGGAAACCGAUAGUGGAGCCUACACCUCUAUCGAUGGAGGAAGAAGCCAUCCGACAACCCUUCUCCUCCAUGCGAUUAGCUCGGGAACCCACUCUUAGCGAGUUAUCAGAAUUCGCCGAAUCCCUCAGAACCAAGAAGGUCGCUAUCCACGCUAAUCUGAGCAGCGUCUUUGCUCGACAUCUGACUAGUUACCUCGCUGCAUGGGGAAUGGACAUCUCACAUAUCCCCAUCGAUGGGGAUGAAGCUGAUCGAGCGAAAACUUUGUCGACAGGAAGGCAUGAUUCAGGCUAUGGAGGUUCAACUGCCGGCUCCACACCAGCUGGUGAUGUCCCUAUGUCAUUGGUCCUAUCAGCAAGAGACCAAGGUCGUUUUAUCAUCGUCGAUGACGAUAUCACCGUUCUUCGCAGGGAAUUAUUCAGGAUACGGGCUGAACUGCACCCAUUGUCACUCAAGCCUCGGUUGAACAAACGUCCAUCCCUAUCAGCGAGAACUCGAUCAACACCUCACGUUCGUCAAGUCACUCAAAGACCGGCAAGUGCAAUAUUAAUCCAUUUCACCUCUUUGGCGAAAUACAACCAAGUCCGGGACGUGGUAUCAAGCUUUGUAGGGGCACCAUGGUCGACCGGUUCAGGCGCUUACAUCCAUCCUGAAGUUAUGGUCAUUCCCAAACCGGUUGGUCCACGUCGAUUCCUCACGGCUCUUCAUACAGCUGUCAAUCAACCUAUUGUUGAUCCCUUCUUCUCCCCAAUCGCCACUUCCCCGCGAUCACCUGGUGGUGGAUACUUUGGUGGUGGCUCUCGUACGCCAACAGAAAGAGAGAAUGGCUUCUUUGAUUCGGUCGCAGAAGAAUCUCCAGAUGAGGGUGGGAAAGCCGAUGGGGGGUUACCGAAACCAAGAUCGCCUUUAGGGGAACAUCCCCCAUCAGCUGCUCAAAUCGUUCGAACAGACAAUGGUUUGCACCUGUCACUUCCUACUCCUGGGGAAAUACUUGCGACACCGGCCAAUGAGUAUUUCUCCAGUGCAUCAAGGUCAACGCCAAGUGGAUCGGGAGCUUCCGGUGUCGUCAUGCAGAGUCCGGAUGGUCGACCAUACGGAAUGUUUUUCGAACCACCAGUCAAGAAUGAGCGACGAGCAUCCACUCACCGAAUACCCUCUGACACUCUCAGACGGAAACCGACUAGCCGACGGACCUCUGCUGGUGGUGAAGAGAUACCUUCUUCCCCUGCUCUAUCGCCUAGCAAUUCUAGAAGGGUCUCUAACGUCACCAACUCCGGUGGUACAGACGAACGAAGAGGUUCGGUAUCAGAAAGGCCCGGACAUGCUCGUGUCAACUCUAGGCGAAGGACCUUACCUGUUUCGGAAUCGCCGAUCGUGGCCGUCGGACGUGAUCGGUCAGCUACGAUCACUCAAGGGCAACGGCGAUCUGCACCAGGACACUCUCCUGUCAUUCCUUCACCUCGAGCAGACCAAGGUACUUUCCAACCCCCUCGACCACCGAAGAAAGAUCCGGCAUCGACUACUGCAGAAGACGUGGAGAUCGACACCAAGAAAGCUGCUCCUCGACCGGUCAAGAAAGUGGACAAGAACGAUGUUGUUGUCCCUCCUAUCAACGUCCUGAUUGUAGAAGAUGGUCAAGAAGCGGUUGAGAAGUGGCGAACGGGAGGUUUCCAUCUUAUAUUGAUGGAUAUCCAACUGCCUGUGAUGGACGGUAUCGAAGCCACCAAGGAAAUUCGAAAGAUGGAAAGGCAUAACAAUAUAGGAGUAUUCCCCUCAACGCCUAGCAUUGAACACACUCGUGCACCAAGCGUCGAAGGACCAGUACCAUCUUCACCCUUCCGAUCAUCUGUCAUUAUCGUCGCUCUCACCGCCUCUUCGUUACAGUCUGAUCGAGUUGCCGCGUUAGCAGCAGGAUGUAAUGAUUUCUUGACCAAACCGGUGUCACUCAAAUGGCUUGAUAAGAAAAUCGUAGAAUGGGGUUGUAUGCAGGAAGCAAGCGAAAUGAAGAAGGGUUUCACACUCGGUCCUCAAGCUGCCGCCAAAUCUCUCGCUAGUCGAUUACGUAUCGAAAGAAAGUCAACACGAUCCCCUGCUCCCCCUUCACCUUCUCCUCAAGUACAUGUUCAGGUUCCUACGCCCGAAGCCUCGGAUACCUCCACUCAGCCACCUACUUUACCUCUUGCACCACCUAAUCCACCUCCUUUGACUGAAUCAACGGCGGAUCCAACUCUUACGAAGGCUUUGCCGUCGGUUCGGGAGGCCUCUGAAUCCACCUCUCCUUUGACUAAACAAGUCGGUCUGUUGAAGCUGGAUACGGAGGGCAGUGCUGGUGAUGCCUCUCAACAUCGUUCUGAUCCAGGACCUACCGCAACGGAAGAGAAACCUCUGCCCCCUCUACCAACUGAACAAUUGUGA